CUCCACAGUGAUCUGAAGAUCCAGGAGAAAGAUGAACUACAGUGGAAGAAGUCUAAGGCAGAAGGGAUGGAUGAGAAUGGAGAGAGAGAGGCCAAGCUACGACGUGGCUUCAACGUGAUCCUGGCUAAGUAUGGGAUGGAUGGGAAGAAGGACACCAGACCUCUAGAAUCUAACAACCUGAAGGACCAUGACAUCAGAGAAGGAGACAUGUUUGAUGACCCCAGACUGGACAAACUGUGGAAUAAGGCUAAGAGUUCUGGUAAGUUCUCAGAGGAGGAGAUGCAGAGUCUGAAGAGGGAGUUUCAACACCACAAGGACAAGAUCAGCGAGUAUAACAUCGUCAUGGAUACCGUCAGCCGCACGGAGGAGAUCCAUAAGAAUGUGAUCUCUCCAUUAGAAGGGGAAGUUAAAGAACAUGUCCUGUAUCAGAAACACAACCUGAAGGACAAGAUGAGGGAUCUGAACCAGGGCUUUGAACGCCUGAGGAAACUCAGCCACGAGGGCUUCAGCGAGACAGUGGUGUUUAAAGAGCCCAGGGUGAUAGAGCUGUAGAUGGCACAGAGAGCCAACCUGACUGGGGAUGAACUGGAUCGCUCAAGAUCAGAGGAACUGAAGCACUUUGAGACCAAGGUAGAGAAGCACAGCCACUACCAGGAACAGUUGGAGUUAUCCCACCAGAAGCUGAGACAUGUAGAAGCUCUAGGAGACAACGACCACAUCCUGAGAAACCAGGAGAGAUACAAUAACCUGGCCGAGAAGACCAGGGAGAUGGGAUACAAGAUGAAGAAGCACAUGCAGGAUUUAACCAGCAAGAUCUCCCGUAAAGGACUGGACCGUAACGAACUGUAAGGGGUUCCUUGGGGGGG